UCGGUCUAAAUUCGAAAAAGUGAUUCUUCUGCACGCCUAAUUAUUUUGAAAGUUCUAGGCCUGGAGCUGACAGACAAGGAAAACCCCCUGAACUCCAAGGCUGUCUGGCUUUUCAUCACAUGAAUGCCUGGUUAUUUCAUGGGUAACGUUGCCAUCUUUGAAAUGUUGACGAGGUUUUAUCCCUUUGGUUAACCGUAGCUUGUAACCAGGUCAACAAAGUACAAUAGAUUUUGAUUUUCUGUAAAUUAUCAUGGACCCAGAUUUUGAAAGGCGUCUCAUUGACCAGAUGAAUGGCAGAAGUCCAGUCCAAUCACCUCAUUCUCCAAAAAGAAUUUGUAGCCCUAGUCCAAGGAGGAGGCGUCUCAACAUGGACAUGGUUUGUGACAGGGCAAUCCCAAGCCGAUCAGCUAUUAGGAACAUAUCUGGAAUCUUGAUGCAACAGGAAAACUCUGACCCAACAACUCAAAGCUCACAAAGAGAACAGAAUGUAAACAAUGAAAACAAAGACAGUCUAUUGUAUAACAGUUUGCUGCGAAAUGAGCUGCUGGGAGCUGAAAUCGAUAACCCGAGGGAUUCAAAUGACAGUAGACAGCCAUUAACAACACCAAAAGGAUGUAAAAAUCUCUUUACGUUCAAGCAUACAAGAAAAAGAAGUUCUAUUGAGGCAAGUGACUGUAUAAGUCCAUUUUCACUUUCGCCUGUUGGGAAGGAUAGCCAUCAGCUGCUUCGAUCACCGAGAAAGUCGACUCGUAAGAUCUCAAAAGUUCCAUUUAAGGUUUUGGAUGCACCAGACCUGCAGGAUGAUUUCUAUCUUAAUCUGGUUGACUGGUCGUCACAGAACAUUCUCAGCGUUGGUCUAGGGACGUGCGUUUAUUUAUGGAGUGCGUACACCAGUCAGGUCACAAAACUUUGCGAUUUGGCCUCAGAGGAUGACUCUGUGACGUCAGUUGCAUGGACAGAAAAGGGAAGCCAUCUAUCAGUUGGAACAAACAAAGGUUAUGUUCAAAUCUGGGAUACCCAGAGCACGAAAAAGGUUUCGUCGCUUGAAGGUCAUCUGCUGAGAGUUGGCUCUUUGGCUUGGAACAACGACCUGCUUUGUUCAGGGAGCCGUGAUCGUGUCAUCUUCCUCAGGGACAUAAGAUCCUCAUCUCCUUCAGAAAAGAAACUGAUCGGCCAUCGUCAAGAGGUUUGUGGUCUUCGGUGGUCACCUGAUCGUCAGUUGCUGGCCUCUGGUGGUAAUGACAACAAGCUCAUGGUUUGGAAUCUCUCCAGUACCUCACCUUAUCAGCAAUACAAUGAUCAUGUUGCCGCUGUGAAGGCGAUUUCUUGGUCUCCACAUCAGCAUGGUCUCCUUGCAUCUGGUGGUGGGACCGUGGACCGUUGUAUACGAUUCUGGAAUACGUUAACAGGACAAAAUCUACACUGCAUUGACACAGGGUCACAAGUCUGCAAUUUGGCAUGGUCGAAACAUUCGAAUGAGCUGGUUAGCACACAUGGCUAUUCGCAGAAUCAAAUUCUUGUCUGGAAGUACCCAAGCCUGCAGCAGGUUGCAAAAUUAACUGGUCACACAUGCAGGGUCCUCUACUUGGCGAUGUCUCCUGAUGGAGAGUCAAUAGUGACUGGAGCAGGCGACGAAACACUGCGCUUUUGGAACGUGUUUAGCAAGGCCCACACACAAAAGGAGAGCAAAUCUGAGUUGAAUCUGUUCUCGCAUAUACGAUAGCGAGCUGAAAGAUAUUUAUUUUCAAGUUCAGAAAGACAAAGGUUGUAUUGAGGUUUUUAACUAAAAUUCUAUUCUUUUUUUAUGUUGCGUUGUAAAUAAAGUAUUACAUUAGACAUAUAGGUAAAAUCCUAUCUAGUAUUGUCUUCAUAGGGUCUUUAAUUACUACUAACCUCGUGUAGAAGAAAACCUUUUAUGCCACAUUUUCCGUAGCACGUCUUGCAAGGGCAGUGCUUUUUAACCCCGGUGAGUGCCGUCUUUUAGUUUCUAUACUUUAUGAGGUAUGUCCAAAAAAGGAGUAUAAAACUUUUCCAGUCCUAGGAACUAGUUUUUAAAAAUGGGGUGCUUUUACAAUGGAAUCAUAGCUGCUAAAAAUUAUACAAUUUCUUUUAAAAGACCAAAUAUCAUAGUUAUUUCUCGUACAAUAUAUAAUAUCCCUAACCCAAGAUAGAAUUUGAACUGGAAAGCAAUAACAAGCCUUCUAAUGCCUUCUGUAAGAUGUCAGAGGGCUGAAAAUUUAUCGGGUCUUGAAAUUAAGUGACUGCCAGACAGAAAGGGGUACGAGGUCGUUGGUCCACCCACUUUGCAACCGCCCAAUUUCUGACCCGUCAUUGAAAAGUGACUGUGUUCAGAUAGGUUGUUUAUUUGGGCAUCCCUUUCAAUGCGAGAUUGAUUAGAACUGUACCAGUUUUUGUCAUCAUGAAAAUUCCGCGACUAUUCUUCAUAUGAAACUCAUGUGAAGAUUGAAAAUAUUGCAAUUUCAGUGAAGCAGAAUGAUAUAGCCACGUGUCAAGUAUGUGUUUGAUAACUAUGUAUGGUAGUGACUGCAGACGGGCAGGGUGCUAGAAGAUAUAUAUAGUUAAUUUGCUUUAAAUUACUCUAAAUUGUGGUUUAACUUAAUCUUAACUAUAUUCAUUGUCAAAUCAAAUGUCAAAUGUG